UCACAGCCACUGAACGCUUCCAGCGUCAACAUGAGUACGUGACCCGCUGAAAAAUUGACUUGACUUGACUUAGGGGCAGUUGCUGUAAAAAAUGCAGAACUAGAGGAUCACUACUACCAAAAUUUGUUCUUUGAUUGAGCUACACUGCUUCAACUUGAGCUUUUCACUCCUCUGUAUUGGGAUUGAUUGUCAGAAUUUUCUUAGAAGGUAAGUUUUUUCUGCUUACUUAUGUUGAGCAUGUUAGGCGUUCGAUGAUUGUUCUGAGAGAACUAGGUGAAUAUGGAAGCUUUCUUUAUGUCCUUGCAUAUUGGCAAUCUAGCAUCUCACACUCGCAAAUCUGAGCUUGAACAUGUCUUCCAAAAGUUUGGACCAUGUGAUGUGCGAUUGAAAGAAGGAUAUGGUUUUGUUGUAUUUGGUUUCCCUCCAAAUGCUGAAAAAGCAUUAAGAGCACUAAGAGGAAAGAGUAUCUGUGGGCAGCAUUUGACUCUUACAUGGUCCAAUAAACAGCCCACAUCACUUAAAAAAUUUACAAAGGCUUCCAGAUCCUUUGAGGCACAAUAUGUGAGUUCUGCUAGAGGAAGAGAUUAUAGUAACAGGAAAUUCCAUUCAAAUGGUCCACAAAAUUACAGGUCUGGUAUUAAGCCAUCUGCUAGACAUGGUAGAAACUUUAAUGCAGUUGGUUUGCUUCAUGAAGAUAGAAACUACCAUCAUGGUCGUAUUAAAGACUACAUUCAGCAAGAGCAUUUUGAUUAUAGGGAAGAUAUACUAGAUGAAGGUAGGAAUGUUGAACCUGAUGUGUUUGACAAUGAUAGAUGGCGUGCACACUUAUAUGACCAACCAAAUGACAAUAGUGUUGAGUAUGACAUGAAGGAUCAGUUUGAACGUUACCAAGGUUAUGACCAAACGGGUGAAGAUGAAAACCAUCACAUGUCCUAUUAUGGUGUUUCACCUGCUACGCGAAGCUCUGAAGAGAUCAUGGGGGGAGAGAAUCUUUCUGAAGCAGAUUUGGAACAUCAAAAUGAUUUGAAAUCGCUGCAAGCUAGCUACUAUUGUGGAGAUUUAGGCCAUAAAAUGCGUAGUUGUUCCAUGGAAAAUUUUUCAAAAAGAAAGCCCAAGACAAUUAUUGGUUGUAGGCAUGGUGAUAACAUUAAAAGAACGGCUAAAGGUAAAAGCAAGCUGGAGAGACAUGAAUCUGGUUCUUAUGCAAAGGUGCAAUCCAAUGAGGACCCCUUGUCAUUGAAUCCACUUCGUAAUGUUAGGAAUGCCCCUGCUACUGGAAGGCAUCAGAAUUUGAAGAGAAACAGUGGCUCCCCGGAGGCAGAGGAAACUGACAGGGUUUGGAGAAAGAACCAAGGAAAGAGGCAAAGGAGGGAUGUUGGAACUCUGAAGAAUCACGGUGAAAAGAAAGCGAAAAGGUCAGUUUCAUUUCCCCUCAAUUCUGAUUUUACAGAAUCCAGAUCACACCCAUCUCAAUCUUCUAAACCUGUGUCAAGGUCUUGUUUGCACUCUGGAUUAAGAUCAGGAUCUUCUGGAGUACAUUCUGCAUCUUCUGAUUCAAGGUCUACUUCAGCGUCAUGCUAUUCUAGAUCCACCUAUUCGAAAUCUAUGUCCAAGUCGAGCCCUCAUACAUCCUUUUCUGCAUCUGUAUCCUGUGGUCAGUCUUUACCAAUGUCUCCAAACAAGGUGCAGCUGCAUUCAAAAGGCCAUGUUGAUAAUGCUGCCAUCACUGAACUGAAAGAAAAUCUAGUGGAGCAAGGGUUGCUGAUUGGUGAUGUUGCGUUGGAGGAUGCUAAACUUGAAAACAACACAUUGGCAAUGAGAAAUGAAAAUGUGGUUUCAUCCUCUGAACUGAAAGAUGAAAUGGAUCAAGUGCAGCCUAUGAAGGAGGAUGAUGAGGAUAACCAUGUGGUGUCCUUGUCAUUUUGUGAAAUAAGAGAUCCUAGCACACCAUCACAGGCAAAAGUGCUGCUUUCAUCUGGAAGCUUGAGUUUAGAGCCCUUGAAAGAAAUGAAGGAGUCUCAAAAUUCUGAAGCAUCAUUGAUGGUGCAUGUUCCAGUACCUAUUGAGAAUCCACAUUCAGAAGCUCUUGGUGGUUCCCACUUUGGCCGUUCAAUUAGCAUAUCUUCGGAGGAGAUGUGCAUGGUUUUGAAGCACUACGGCAUGAAACUUCCUGAUGAAAAUGAAAGGCAUUUACCUGUAGAGGAUUAUUUUGGUUCUUCUCGCUCAUGGCCGUGGGAAAUCAUCUAUUAUAGGAGGUUGAAGAAGGGACCUAUUUCAACAGAGAACUAUUCUCGGCGACUUGCUCAGAAUCAGGAAUUUGGUAUUGUUGACAAGUAUAUACGAGGCAGUAGUGGAUGGGGGGAAAUCAGUUAAAGAUUACCCUUGAAAAAUUUUAUGUGUGAUGUGUCAAGUUACCAUACGCUCUUAGAAUUUGAGCACAAUUGGACUAUCUGGCUUUUUUGGAGUUCACAUCCAAGAUUUAUGGUGGACUUUUCGUAUAGAAACUUUUGACUGGUACUUUUGCAGGGUAUGCUCCAUACAAUAAUAGUACUCUACAAGCUGUCAGUUUCUGGUGAUUGUUGUGCACUUGUUUGAAUCAGGUGAAUAAAGCUUUGCUUGUAUAGCUUAAUGUUGGGUUGUGGGAUGAUUUUUGAAUGACAUGACUUUGGAAAAAGAAAUUGGUUUUGAAGAGUUAAAAUUCUAUUAUGCCCUAAGAGUUUUGCUGCAAAUGGAUAUAAUUGUUUAUUUUUA